AUGCGGAUGAAUGGAGCUUUGAAAAUAAAGCAGUUCAAAAACUCCCCUACUAUUGUUACUUUCUAUCAACUGAGAAGUGGAAGCAGCUGUAGAAGCGCAAGAAUAUCUGUCCUUCGACAGAUUGACAGCUGGGGUGUUGGUGUUAGAAAACCAAACUACGAAAAGAUAUACAAUAGAAUGAAGAAGAUGACAAAUCUGCUGUAUAUGUUCAACUCUGAUGAGAAGGCAUCUAUUGCUAACUGGAUGAAUGAGAAAUUGCCAGAAAGAAAUUAUUGCAUUUUUACCGGAGACCUUGGUGUCAACAACAUUGAAAGCAAUCUUUUCGCCUCUGGCUUUCAAUCGCCUGUCCAAGUGAGAGUUACGAGAAUAGCCACAUCAUUCUGCCUUGAUGCUACUCAUGGCAUAUCAGCAAGAAGUGGAGAGGCCAUGUACUCUUUAGUGACUCAACACAACGUAACUGGAAAAGGGUUUCCUGUUGCUUACAUGGUUAUAAAUGACCAGACAGUCAGGCCGAUCAGCCAAUGGCUUGUGCAUCUUCGUGAGAGAAGCUACUUCCAUCCUUUGAAUAUCACCAUUGACUGCAGUAUUUCCGAAGUUAAUGCGAUUACAUCUGCAUUUCCUCACGUUGCAAUUCACUAUUGUAAAUUCCAUAUUCUUCGUGCUUGGCAAACAAACCUCGACAACAAACUACACUUCUUGAGAUACUUCGAAACACGACGGACUGGAAGCGAAGUAUUGCUUAAAAGAUGGGGGCGCCCUUAUGUCGAUGACUCACAUAGAAGAUAUUUGACGAAUAACUACAUCGAGUCAUGGCAUAACCAGCUCAAGACCAUCUACUUUGGCCGUGCUAGAAUCAAAAGACUGGAUUGCCUUUUGUUUGACCUUAUGAACAAUGUAGAGUAUUUCUACGAACAAGAAGUGGAUUUUAUUCACUUAAACAAUGGAAAGAUGAGACCGUCUAUCACUGUUGUAAAUGAUUUGAUCGAAUGCUGUUCGUGUCCCAGAUACAUCUCUCGGCAAGUGCCUUGCAAGCAUGCAUUUCUUCUCAAAAGAUACUAUGCCAAUCACUUGGCAAUGCAAAGACCCGCAGUGUUAGCUAAAGAAGAAGAAGAAGUUGUGAUUGUUGACGAAGAAGACAGUAGAGAAGAUGUUGUAGGUGCUCAAAAUGAUGUUGAUACGUCUAUUGCAGACCUUAUCACUCACACCACCUUACUUCAUCAUCAAAGGCUCAAUCUCAAACACAUGCAAACAAUUUCUGACAUUGAUGUGUCAGAGAUAAAUGAUAUGACUCGUUGUGUUAAAGAAUUGUUAGAUAGAAUAGAUAAUAUUAGAAAUAGAAAUAGAAAUAGUUUUAGAAAUAUGAAUACCCAAUUUCAAUAA